UUUAUUAGUAACCUGUCUCAUAUUCCGAACGGCAUCGAAGUGCAUUCGAGUAGUGAGUGGCAGUUAACGAGAAGAUCCUCAACAGAAGGUUCCUAAAGAGAACAGUUACUAAGAAGAAUCAUGAGAACCACGCUAAUCUGGGUGCUUUUGGUGGCUGUAAUUUUCUGUGAAGGGAGACGAAGUCGUAUAAGCCGAAUUCUCAGCCGCUACAGAAGAAGGAGACCGCCGCCUGCCCCAGUAACAACAAAGGCUGUCCGUACGACUACUCCGACCCCAAAGGCUGACAUCAUACCUGUUGGUAUCAACUCAUUUUAUAAUGUUCCAGCAUUGAGAAAGAUCAACUCAACACAGGCAUUUUAUGAUUAUUUCAAGAAGAUUCCACGCAAUGGAACCCUUCCUGAUGGUCGUAUUCCCGGCAGACAUUCAACUGCAGUUAAUACUGAUGGAUCAGUGUGGGCUUGUAAAGUUCGACCAACCCUGGUUAGCCUUCCAGUUCCACAGUUUGGGGUACAAAUAUUUCCUCCUUGUGCAUUGCUAAAUCGUUGCACAGGUUGCUGCUUAGCAAGGGAUCUAGUGACCUGCAAGCCUCGCGAAAAAAAGAUGACAGCAGUAGAACAUUACACCAUCUAUAUGCCAACUGGAAACCCUUGGGAUAUUUCUUAUGUUCUUGGUUCUACAUUGAUGGAAGAGCAUGUUAAGUGUGGCUGUGAGUGUAUUAAGACAGCUGAAUCUUGUGAUCCAAAGAAACAUGAGUGGGAUGAAUAA